UCGUCCGAAAGCGCGCACGCCGGGUGGAUAGGAUUUCAAGAAAAGCAGAAAGAUGGUAAAUUUAAGUGACCUCAUUUCAAGUGACGAGUGCACCGAGGUGGUGCGAAAUUCCUACGUACGAGAUGGCACAUUUCGAGUGGUCAACUACCGACUAGAUAAGGUAGCCGGACAGCCGGGAUAUUUGGGUGAAUACGCUAAUCUGGUGGUUACCGUAGAAUUGGACAAUAAGCAAUCACGAGUCUUCAAAUACUUCAUUAAGUGCCUCCCCUUUACGGAUCCAAAGCAGCGUCAAGUUAUCGUGGAAUUUGGCAUAUUCACUAAAGAAGCCGUUUGUUAUCGAGAACUAUUUUCAGCACUCGAACAGAAUCCAGAAAGGGUAACCAAAUGGAGACCGGCUUGUUGGUUGGCGCGGGACGACCUGAUGGUGAUGGAAGAUCUGAUGGAUAGCGGUUAUCGAUCGAUGCCGUUUCAGAGACCAUUUGGUCAGACUCACAUGGAGCUGGUAUUGGAUCGAAUGGCACAGAUGCAUGCCUGUGCGUUGGAUUUGGAGUACAACCGGAUGAAUGGGGAGAAGCUGGGAGAUAAAUUUGGAAGUAUGCUUUUCGAAACGACGUUCAUGAGGGAAAGUGUGUGGUUCAUGGCAGGGCUAAAGGGGAUUCUAAAAGUGGCACUGGAAGGGUCCAAAUACUCCCAGAAUCCAGAAUACAAAGCAAGCAUCCAGGCAGAUAUGCUAGGCAAAAUGGAUCGAAUCUUCGAACUAUCGGAGACGACCGAUCGUUUCCAAUCGGUCAUAGUUCACAAGGAUCUUUGGUAUAACAACAUGAUGUUUCGAUUUGAUCACGAUCAAGCUGGAUCAGUCAACUACGAUAAACCGUUGGAUUGCGUCCUAAUCGACUUCCAAAUAGCUCGAUAUCAACCACCUGCCAUUGAUUUGCUAUGUACCAUCUACCUGCUGACCCGGAGAUCCCAGCGAGACGAACUGUACGACUUCUACGUAAAAUACUACUACGAACAGUUGAGGGACAAGCUACAGAAGCUCAACCUACAGAUCGAGAGUAUCCUACCGUGGGAGCAGUUACUGGUCAGUUUGGAGUACUACAAAUUGGUCGGCCUGCUCUGGUCUGGAGUUCUGCAUGCGUACGUGAACCUCCCUGAGGGAUAUCUCGCGGAACUGCACGUCAAGGAUCCAGAAGCCUAUCACGAAUUUGGACUCAUCAGUAGGGAUACAGUGCUCAUGGAAUUCUUCCGUACGGAUCGCUACUAUCGGGAAACUCUGCUGGAUUCGGUUGAUGAAACCCUAGAGUAUUUAUUCGGAUUCAAAUAAAACAUUCUGAAUUGA